AUGCCCCAAUGUUGUUUUGCGGGUUGCCACAAUCGAACGGACGAUGGUCGAGGCCUCAGUUUUUUUCGUUUUCCUCGACGCGACCUGGCACGGACAGCAGCUUGGGUGGUGGCUUGCGGGAGGAAGGACUUCAGGCCCUCGCAACACUCUCGUGUUUGUUCACGUCACUUCUCAGCAAUUGACUUCGAUCGUGACGCCCGACACGACUCUCACGGGGGCGUCCACCGAAGGCUGAGGCUCAAAGACACUGCUGUGCCUACUACCAAUCCUAUUGACAAUCCCUGGCAAAACACGGAUAAUAUGGCCAGUCGAAAGUCUCAGAAAUCGGUUAACACAACGACCACCAACACAACUGCGAUUAAACCGAAUGGUGUUGCGGAAGUACCUGCUCCGGUUUUAAAGGAAUCUCCAGAAGAACAAAUUCCCAUGUGUACUCCCGCGAAACGACCUAAAACUGUAGCUGAUGCCCUCGACUUAAGUCACAAGACUACAAUGGAUCUACCUAAAAGCUCUUCCGAUGUUAUUGUUCUAAGCGAGGAUGAGGAUGAGAAAGUGACGCCUUCAAGUUCGGAUACUGAAAAGGAAAACGCCCCUUGCGGAACCAAUGGGACAGACGUCAAAUCCUUAUUGAUAUCUUUGGAAAAUGAUCUUCGUCAAGAGGAGGCCACUCUUUUGCUUCUUCAAAAACUGCGUGAAAGCCAGAACUCAAAUAAUUCAUCUAGCUCCCGCCCAGUGUCCAAGGCUACGCUUAAUUCUUCGCAAUCUUCGUCUUCUUUGAACAACAAUGUCAGCACGAGUAAUCAGAAACCGACCUCUAGUCAAACUUCUUCCCAAAGGUUACCCUCGGCUGCACAGGCAACGAAAACUCUGCCUCCAGCUGCACACCAGCCGGGCUCCCCCAUUUCCACGCCUAAAGUUACAAAACAAGCAGCUUUGCAAUCACUGGAGCAGCUUUAUGCCACUAAGAAGGCAGGUCUGCGAAAGCAAUUGGAACGGAAUUUGGAAAAAGUCAGCCUUCCACGACCAACGACUGGAACCGGGUUCUGCGAAAUCGCUUUCAUACCUAGCACGCUCACAACGGAAUUCACAUCUUUAUUGGGUCUUGAGGAGGUUGUUAAGUCGAUCCAGGAUUAUGAUCCAUCAGGCAACGGAAAGUCAUCGGAAACACGCUGCAGUUUUAACCCUUUCUCGUGUGUGAAGUGUGGCACUGAUUUUACUCCCGUUUGGAAACGGGAGAAACCUGGCUCCACGCAUGUAGUAUGCGAGGCCUGUCUGACGGCGACUCAGAGGCUAACCCUGAAGAAGGAGUACGAAGAGGCUGUGCAAAAGGUUCUGCAGCUUCACAUUAGUGCGGAACGCGAAGUGGAACGGGAAUACCAGGACAUUGUCACCAAUUCGACCAAGUUGGAUGUGUACAUAAAGGAGCAGGAGAAAAAGCUAUUGGCCACUCAGCAAGCGCAUCAGCUACAACUUGCUCAACAGCAGGCAGCUUACAGUCAGCGGUACAAUAAUAAGUCAUCUGUGAGCACAACGGCCUCAGGUCUUCGUCAGUCCCCCUCCACAGUCGUGGGCGGUACUUCUGUGGCAGCCGCCGCGCAUCAGCGUUCACGUGUCGCCGCCUCAGUGGUCAGUGGCGCUGCGAAUGUUGCUGGUUCUGCGACAGUCUCCAACUCCUCCGCUCAGGCUACCGCCCAGGCAGCUGCAGUCGCUCAGAUAGCCCUUCAGCAGUACGCGAAAGCCAUGUCUGGAGCCUCUACCACUUCUGCGGCUUCACCCACGGCCACAGCUGCGCUGAUGAUGGCUGCGGUGGCCAACUCGCAGCAGCAGCAACAGGCAGUUGCGGCCGCCGCUUUGCAGCAACAACAACAACAACAGCGCCUGGCAGCCGCGCAGCUCCUUUCCGGCCUUCAAGCGCAUCAGCAACAGGCUGUCGCUGUUGCCUCUGCGCCAACGACCACUGAUCACACCGCUAACGCCCUCAGUCAGAUUCAGACUCUCCUCAUGAGCAACGCUCUCAUCAGUGGAGGUACGUUCCAGCUGGAUCGAUCAGCAAUUGCGGCGGGUGUGCUCUGGAUCAGACCCCUAGCAGUGCAUCUCCUUGCGCAUCUCUCUGCUGUCGCGAGCGGGGCUCAGAACGCAAAUUCGCGUGCGCAGUUGCUUCAGCAAGCGAUGCAGUAUCUCGUGCUGCAGCAGCAACAACAGCAAGCCCAGCAGCAAGCGGCGGCCCAGGCAGCUGCGGCUCAUGCCGCUCAGCAGAACGCCGUGCUCACGCACUUCCUCAGCCAGAUCCAAAGCAAUCCCUCCGCUUACUUCAACCUCAUGCAGCUCUGGGCAGCCUCGGGCCUCGGUGGUGCUGCUGGCAGUGGGGGCUCUCGUUGCCCAUUGUCCGAAGUCGCCUCGUGCGUCUGGUCGAUUGGAUUUUAUGUUCUGCUUGCAAGCCGCGAAGUGACGUGGGCCCUCCACACUGGUGAUUGCGACUCCACGGAGCUGUGA